AUGAGUGUAUAACCUAGAUUAAGUCCAAAGAAUUACAAAAAGUACAGCAUCUUCAAUGAUUCAAUUAAUAUAAGAACAUCUCGAAACACAAGCUUUGAUUAUGAAUUUUAAAAGAGAAGGAAUUCCAACCUAAAGUUCAAAAAUUCUGGGAGCGUAUUGAGAGGUUCCAAGGCUAAUGACUUUAUGGGUAAUCUCAUCGCACAUUUUUAAUAUGUAUUGAUAUUUCUAUUGCCGUUAUAGGGUUAAAAUGCAUUCAGGGAGAAGAAUUUGAUUGAAGCCAUUAAAUACUAUAAUGAAUGCAUAUUGAUAGAUUCUCUACAUGUGCCAAGUCGGUAUAUGUUGGGAGUAUGUCAUUUCUCUUAAAAUUAAUAUGAAAAAUGCAUCAAGGAACUCAAGUUUGUUAAAGAACAAUAGCCAAAUUACAAUAAAAAUGUAUAUAUUAUACUUGCACUUGGUUACAAAAAGAUAAUGCAAUUGGAAUGGUCAAUAAGAACUGUAUUAAUUCUAUUGUCAUAAUAGUUAGAUGAAUGUUUACAGUUUUAUCCUCAAUGUUAUGACGCAUUGAUAUUCAAAGGCAAAUUGGAACUUAAAUUAAGGAGAUUCUAGGAUUGUGAGUCAACUUUGAAAUAAGCCGUCAGAAUAAAUUCAAAAAGGUCGACUGGAUAUCAUUAUCUUGGAGAUUGUCAGAGACUCUAAAAUAAUUUGGAUUUAGCAAUCAAAAAUUACUAGAUAGCAUUGCAAUUUGAUACAAGCGACAAAUCCAAAUUGAACAUUCUCAAAAUGUCAAUAUGUCUUUAUGAAAUGGCCAAUUAUCAGUAGGCCUUAUAGAUGAUUGAUUAGUAUUUAAGUCAAGAUGAAUUAUCAUCUGAAGCAAACAAAUUGAAGGGACAAAUAUUGUACAAACUUGGUGAAAAACAAGAAAGCUAAUUGUACUAUGAAUAAGCCAUUUAAAAUAACAAUUCUAGAAAUGCAGUCUCCAAAGCCAUGAUAGAAAUUAGCAAAUUUAAAAUAGAAUCUAAAGACUAUUAUUCCUUAUAUCAUACUCUCUUGAGGACUGAAUAUUUGGAUGUCGACAAAUAAUAGUUGUAACCCUAUAUCUAAUUCUCUGAAGCUGUAGUGUGCUUAAUGAAAAAGAAUUAUACCUAAGCAAGUGAAGCAUUCAAAAAAUUAGAAUAACUUGAAAUCCCAAUUCUCAUCCAGGAGAUCUAUCAUUCCUAUUUGGGAUAUUUGAAUAUGAUGUUGAACAAUUUUGAAGAGGCUUUGAAAGAUUUCAGAAAGAAUAAGUCCUUACCAUAUAAUCAAAUUAUAUGUGAAGGCAUCAUUAAUUUUAACUCAUUUGAAAUUGCCUAUUCUAAAUUUGAUUAGGCCUUAAGUUACAAUUAGAUUGACCCAAAUAUGUAUAAAGCAAUCCUAUUAAUAAAAGAAGGAUUAAAAUAGGAGAAUUCUGAUUAUGUCAAUAAUUCAUUGCAAUGCUUAAUCAGAGCAUAAUAAUAUAAUCAGAACAACUCCUAAUUGAUGUAUUUAAAAUCAUUAGCAUACAUGUUGAUGGACAAUAUUGAGGAUGCCUAUAAAGAAAUAUUAACAACUAUUGAAAAGGCAGAUGAAAAUCUGGCAGAUCAUUAUUAUUUGAAGGGAUUAAUCUUGGCAUUGAAUGGCGAUAUCUUAAAUGCAGUCCAAGACUUUUCAGUCUGUCUAGGAAUUGAUGAACAAUAUCAAAAAGCCUAUUUGCAAAGAUCAAAAUGCUAUUCCUAUUUGGGAGAAAUGCAAUCUGCUUUUGAUGAUAUGAACAGCUAUAUCUAGUUCGUAGAUGACUUUUUGAGUGCUGGCAAUCUGUUAUACAAUAGCAAGAUGUAUGAAGAGGCCUAUAAGACUUAUAAAUAAGAGCCCAACCCAACGCUUGAACAUCAAUAGCAGAUGGCGAGUUGUUUAUUUUAAUUAGAGUAAUUUGAUGGAGAUGAAAUCAAAGAGUUUAUCAGAGACAAAUAAUUUGACUAAAAUAUGAUACUUGCUUAUUAGCAUAUCCUAAAAUUUGAGUACGAUUCAGCUAUCUUAACCUUACAAAAGAAGAUUGAUCCUCAGUCCUCAUUUUUCUUUAAUAAAUAAUACCUUCAUUAAUACAAGGGUGUUUGCUAUUUGUAUCUACAGAAAUACCAAGAAGCCAUCUAAGAAUUUGAAAGGUGUAUUUAGUAGACUAAGUCAGACACAUUGAUUUACAUAACAAAUUACAAUAUUAUGUUUUGUUGGAUGAUGUUGAAGAAGUUUAAAUAUUCUCAUACUCAACUAGAAUAAUUAAUUAAAAUUUCAGAAUAGAAGCAUGUCUUAUUAACUAUUAGGAAUCUCUUAAUUGAUUAAACAGAAUUUUAAUUAGCAGAUAAUCCAUAAGGAAUAGAAAUUAUGUUAGCAGAUACAAUUAAAUUAUAACCCUUUAUCUCAACAUAAUAUACAAUUUAUCCUUAUUUCUCAUUGCCUAUUCCAUAAAUCAAAGACAUGACUCCUUAGUUUGAUUUCAAAAUAAUCUAAUCUUUAAGCGCAUAAUCGAUUGAAUGUAGACCUGAAGCCCCGUGGAUAAGAAGAAAUGAAAAUGGUGUUUUAUUUACUGAUAAUUUGUAAUAAUGUGAAUUAAGUUAAACAGAAAACAGUUCUCCAGAAAACUGA